AUGCUGGGUUCAUCUUCACAAUUUAAGCAAAUCAUUGUAAAGAAAACAAACGUUCCAUAUGAAUUGAGAUUUAUUGACAUCAGAAAUUAUAUAGCGGGUGGGACAUUAGACCAAUUCACUCAAGAUUUCGGAAACAAUAAAUCACGUGUUAAAUCCUUUUUCCCUUAUCAAUUCAUCACGUGGGAAAAUUACGAAGAAGAGUUAUAUAAAGUGGAACCAUUCACUCAAGAUUCAUUUUAUUCAGCAUUAACUCAAGAAACUAUAUCAGAUAGUGAUUAUCAAAUAUAUCUCAAUGAUGCUAAAAAUUUUAAAAAUAGAUUAGAAUAUUUUAUUCAUUAUUGCAAUAAAGAUGUUGAAAUUAUGAUUGACCCAAUCGAUAAAAUUAUUGAAGAAACAUUUGUUUAUAAAAUUGAUAUGCUUCAUAAUCUUUCUUUAUCAUCGAAUGCUUCAAUGAUUCGUUACGCUUUAGCAUACAAAGACUUUAAUCCUAAUGAAAAAUAUCCUGAGGAAGAGAUAGAAUCAAGUUUUGAAUUAACGAAAAAGUAUUGGAAAUAUAAAAUUGAAUCAUAUAAGAAACAAGAUGAAAAAGCAGAAAGAGAUACUAAAAAUAAUGUUUCAAUGGAUGAUUUUCAAUACUAUCACGAUUUAAUCCUUUCAUCUAAAUGCAAAAUGUGUGGUAAAGCGUUUACAUAUGCAAAUAAACCAACAUUGGAUAGAAUCGAUAAUGAAAAACCACAUACCAAAGAAAAUUGUCAGUUAAUAUGUUGUUAUUGCAAUGUCGUAAAAUCAAAUAAAGAUGAAGAUGUUCAACGUUUAAGAAUCAAUUGA